CAAUACGGUAUAUAUUCCGAUCAGAAUCUACUAUUCGUCCGCCCUUGGGAUUACACUUUGCAAAGCCGAGCCUCGCGCGAGGGGAAGCAGCAUAUGCGGUGCAUGAUUGUCAUUUUGUUGAUGAGUUUGAGGACAAAUAGUCGGAUCGUCGGCCAUUUUGAGUUUUGACCUCUCUGAAAAAAGUUUUGUGCAAGUGAGUUUUGUAGAAAGGGAGGUAGUGUGCUGUUAGUAUUCGUGUUUAUUUCAACGAAGCCCGUUAGACAAACAUGCAUUCCUUAUUUUUCCAUUAUUUAACGACAGCGAGAGAUUGAGAGAAGCAGUGUGUUUUGGGUCGCUGCGAAUUGUUGCAGCACUACCUUCAGUUGUUCUUUCAACAUUUUACUUCAAUUCGAGUUGCAUUACUUUUGCUAACCCAUCCGUCAAUCAACGUGAACUGUCGUGGCCUGAACAAGCUCACAGUUUGUCGCGUUAACUGAGACGAGAAGGAGGGAAGAACUGAGGAGCCUCUAUAAUCCGCGGCCAUGGUUGUGCAGCAGCAACCAAUGCAACAUACCGACAGCCAUAUCUCGUCAAUCUCUCUCUGUCCUGUGUCGAUGAGAUGAACUUGCCAACCCAUUCUGCCCUUCAUGCACCAUUCUGCGUCUUUGCAUAGCUGUUCACAUCUCAUAAUGUCUGGUCCUCGGGUGGACAAUUUCCAGACGUUAGAUCCGCGCAAGCAAGAGCUGCUGGAGGCCCGCUUCCUCGGCAUGCGAUCGACGUCGAAUCCGGCUGGCGGGAGUGGCGCCACACUGCAACAUCAGCAGCUUCAGCAGCAUGCGGCUGCUGCCAUGGCUGGAUCCCACUCUGCUGGGCCACCAACGGCUUGUCACGUCAUGACAACGGCGACAACCAACCAACUAGUACAGCACUCGCUCCAACAGCCUAGUCCGUCCAGUCUCCUCAACGCCAACGCACCACCGCCACCACCACCAACACAACAACAACAACAUCUCGCAACUCCCCAAUUCACGGCUACCUAUACGAACCCCUCGGCCAACAACCAUGGUUCGGGAGGUUCGGGCAGUUCGGGCAGUAGCGGUUAUUCGAACCCGAAUCAGCCGACGCAGUACAACCUGGGUGGCAUACAGCCGACGAGUGCAACGACGACGUUGCAACACCAACACUUGCAACAACAACAACAACACCAGCAGCAGCAGCAGCAGCAGCACAAUCAAGACUCGAAUCUGAGUACGGGUUCGUCGGACCGCGAGCUCAUGCGACUCACCGACAACAACACGAACGAAGAGCUGCGCACUCCCGAACGUUGCGGCGGAAGCGGUGGGGGCAACAACAGUGGCGGGCCGCAGCAAAGGAUUCCUAACUCGAACGCGGCAGCGGCCAGCGCCGGAUCGGCCCAGGCUGCCGCACCGACGACGCCCACCGAGCGCAAGAGAAGACGGAAAAAUGCCGAUGAUUCGGUGGCACCUCUCGGCAAACAAUCACGUGGAGACAAUAAGAAAAUCAGCGAAUAUUUCAAAGGUCACCCACCGAGCAGCCCAGGCCGACAGAGCGGGACCAAAUCCCCAUCACCAGUUCACCAACUGCAGCAGCAGCAACCGAUGCAGAGCCAGCACCAAUCCUUCCUCGGCGUGCCCAAUCUUUGCCCGUCUCCGCAAGGUGCUGCCACCGCCAUCACGACGACGGCUACCAUAACGGCCUCAUCGGCACCACCGUCCACGGCGGCCUCCAGUUACCCAAAUUCGAACAUGAAUCAUGCAGCACCGUCUGGUGGCAUUCCAGUCAACAAUUCGGGCAUGGUAACUGGAAACGGCACGCCCGGAGGAUUCGGUUCUGGGUUACAACAGUCUCCGGCGGCCCAGUCAGUGUCAGCCACAGGUGCCCAGGCGUCUAGUGGGUCCAAUCAGCCGAUCGCUGCUUCCGGAGGUGUUCCGGCAGCGUCGACGCCUGCCGGAGGAUCCGACGCUGGGCUAAUGCAACCGCCCAGGAAUCCAGCACCUUCGACCCACCACAAGAAAGUGGGCGGGGGCGUGACGGCCUCGUCUACGGGUGCCAUAGUGUCGGGAUCGGCCACCUCUGCCGGCCUGGACGGCAACAACAGUGUCAGCAACAGCAACAACAGUCCGGCCGGAAGCACGACGAGACGGAGAGGUGGUGUCGCCGCUGCCGCAAUUUCCAGCGUUGCCGCUGUCGUCGCAGCGGUGGCAGGUGGAGGGGCCGGUCCCGGUCCACCUUCCAUCGUUACCGCAGAAGUGAGCAAGACUCAACAGCAAAACGAGCUGGAACUCAAAGAGAAUAGGAUAGACGAAUUAGUGCGAUCGAACGAGGAGUUGUCUGCCAAAGUAUCUGCCCAGCAGAAAGUGGUGGACCAACAAAAGGCUUCCAUUCAAAAGUGCAUCGACGUUGUCAAGAGGUUGUUGAUUGAAAAGUCUACCAUUGAGAAGAAGGAGGCCCGGGCGCGUUGCAUGCAGAACCGGCUCCGACUCGGACAGUUUGUGACGCAAAGAGUGGGCGCCACCUUCCAGGAGAACUGGACCGACGGCUACGCUUUUCAGGAGCUGGCUAAACGCCAGGAAGAGUUGGGAACGCUGCGCGAGGAAAUCGACAGGCAGCGCAAACUCCUCUGCAAGCGGAAACCUACGACUUCGGAAACGCCGACGGGCACGACCCGCAAGCGGACGGCCGCCGCCAGCGGCGGCUCGAGCAACUCGUCGAGCCGCGAUUCGUCCAGUGCCAACAACCUGCUCAACGGCACGGAGAGCACGCUGAAGGCCAACGACUUGAACCGGGAAUUCAACAUCCAGGAGUACUACGAAGCCGAAGAGAUCCUCAAGUUGAAGCAAAACGCUUUGAAGAAAGAGGAUGGCGACCUGCAGCUCGAGAUGGAAAAGCUGGAACGGGAACGUAACCUGCACAUUCGUGAACUGAAGCGGAUUCACAACGAGGACCAGAGUCGCUUCAACAAUCACCCCGUCCUCAACGACCGGUACCUGCUUUUGAUGCUGCUCGGCAAGGGCGGUUUCAGUGAGGUUCACAAAGCCUUCGACCUCAAGGAGCAACGGUACGUGGCGUGUAAGGUCCAUCAGUUGAAUAAAGACUGGAAGGAUGACAAGAAGGCCAACUACAUCAAGCACGCUCUGCGGGAGUACAAUAUUCACAAGCAGUUGGACCAUCCGAGAGUUGUGCGGUUGUUUGAUGUCUUCGAGAUUGACGCCAACUCGUUUUGUACCGUCCUCGAGUAUUGCGACGGCCACGAUCUGGAUUUCUACCUGAAACAGCACAAGAUUAUCGGCGAACGGGAAGCCAGGUCGAUCAUUACGCAGGUUGUUUCGGCUUUGAAAUACCUGAACGAGAUCAAACCCCCAGUCAUCCAUUACGACCUGAAGCCGGGCAACAUCCUGCUCAGCAACGGCAGCAUCUGCGGUGACAUCAAGAUUACCGAUUUCGGCCUCUCCAAGAUCAUGGACGAGGAUAACUACAAUCCGGAGCACGGUAUGGAUCUGACGUCGCAAGGCGCCGGAACCUACUGGUACCUGCCACCGGAAUGCUUCGUCGUCGGCAAGACACCGCCGAAAAUCUCUUCCAAAGUCGACGUCUGGAGUGUCGGCGUCAUUUUCUAUCAGUGUCUUUAUGGUAAAAAGCCUUUUGGACACAAUCAAUCGCAGGCCACCAUUUUGGAGGAGAACACCAUACUCAAAGCAACUGAGGUGCAGUUUCCUACCAAACCAGCUGUUAGUUCCGAAGCCAAAAACUUUAUCCGGCGGUGUUUGGCGUACCGUAAAGAGGACCGAGACGACGUGCUGUCGCUGGCUCGUCACGAGUACCUGCAGCCGCCCGUCUCAAAGCAUGGGCGCCAGUCAGCUCAAGUGCAGCAGCAGCUGCAGCAACAGCAACAGCACCACCUUCAGCAACAGCAACAGCACCAAAGUCAACCGUCGGGCCUGUUUACGGGAGCCUUUGUCAGUUCGGGAAUGAACGCAUCCAGUUCGUCCUAAAAUAAAUUUACAAGGGACAACAACAACAACAACAAAUAUGAAAAAAAAAAAGCAGCAACCUACUCUCUCGAACCUCUACUUCCUUUCUUCUCCUCUACCGUGAUCAUUUUUUUCAAAAAAAAAAAAAAAAAAAAAGAAAAGAAAAAGAAAAUAGGAGAAGACCCCCCCCCCCACCAGAAGAAAAACAAACAAACAAGUGAAUGUCGAGGAUUGCAGUUUGCGAAUUGUAAUUUUUCGUUUAUGUGUGAGUGAGAGUGAGGACAUUUGUAAAGUACGUAACUCAAAGAAAUCGAAGAAGAAAUGAAGACAAAGAAAUUGAUGCCAGUGUCCUGUACGUGUUCUAAAGAAGAAGAAGAAAAAAAAGGGAAGAAGAAAGUGGUGAGAGUGGUGUGAAGAUAAAUUUGCGCGUGUGUCGUGUGUGUGUGUGUGUGACGUUGUUGGUUGUUCAAUACCGACGAACCAGGUCUGUGAUGAUGCCUCUUUUUUUUUUUUUUUUUAAAUGAUUGCGCGGCCACCCCCCCCAAUGUUUUUCUCCUCGUCAUCCUUUACGACAUCGGCUUCAAGCUACAAUCGAUAACUGUGCGUGUGUGUGUUUUUUUUUUUGUUUUUUUUUGAGUGUGACGUACCUACGAUAACCUACAAGAAGAGCGCCGGAAUUUCGAGGAGAAGAAGCAACACGAUAUACAAAAUUCUCUUCUGAAAAGUCCUCCCUCUCCCCCCCCCCUUCACGUCAACCAUCGUGCGUCUCGUGCUGCUGCCCCCCACUCUUCUUUCCAAUUAUCAACAUUUUUUUUUUUUUUGUUUGUUUCCUCCUCCAAACCUUUGGGUCUUGUUCAUAUCUUUUCCUCCCAUCUUUUCUCUUUCUCUCUCUUGUCAUCAUUUAAUCCAUUUGUAAAACACGUGUGUGUGUGUGUGUGUGCGCCGCGACUCCCUCAUUGCUGUGAAUGUGACCCACCCGAAAAAGAUCCACUCACGCUGAUAUUUAGACAAUGAGGAAUUCGAAAGAAAACCGGCCGGAAAAAAAAAUAAUGUCUUUUUUUUUUGUUUGUUUGUUUGUUACCCAGCUCAGCUCCAACAAUAAUGUUUAAACGCCGAUUCCGCUCCAUCUGCUAGUUUUUCUUUUCCUCUUUAAUUUCCCCGUUUAUUCACCUAUCGGUCAUCAUGCGAACUCCUAACCAAUUCUCUAAUUGACAAUUGGUUUAUUAUUAUUAUUUUUUUUUUUUUCAAACAGCUGCUGUGUGUGUUAGUGUGUGUGAAUUUCCAUCAUUUAUGAUAUGCAAAUGAUUCGCUCCCCCCCCCUCUUCCCCCUUAAUCUUUCUAUCUCUAUCUCAAUUUAAAUUUUUUUUUUCCUCUUUAAAAAUGACAGUUUGAUUGACAAAGAAAUACUUCUCUUCUUGCUCUCGAGAAAAAAAAAAGAAAGAAAAGGACAUCAUUUUUUUUCAAAAUAUUUAUCGUAUACCGAUAUACGUAUAAACAACAAAGUGAAAAAGAAAUGGAUUCUUUUAUAGAUAUUUGGCAAAAGAAAAUCAUUUGAGAUAGAGAGAAGAAAAUAACCUAAUAAAUAAGACAAACGAGAACUCCGGAAAUAACACAAACAACUGGGAAAGCAAAAACAAAAAAAAUCAUUUGUCAUCUUUUGCUUUUAUUUUCCGUUUAACAGAUAUCAGAAGAAGACAUUAACAUAGUUGAAGAAAGACGUUGCAAUGUCUUUUUCUUCGACUCAUUCCACCACGAACCCAAAACUAAUUGCACGACACUCUUUAUUGAAUUUUCAUUGAAACAUUUUUUUUUUACGUCACACCACAGACACACACGCAGCUUACCCUCAAUUUCCUCCCACAAACUUCAAAAACAAAAAUGAGAAACUAAAGUAAAAAGGAACUUCGACAAAAACAAAACAAAUGCGCCGCGUUAUGAAUGGAAAUAAUAGACGUGCAAAAAAAAAACAUGUCAAAAAAAAAGGAAAAACAAUUAGCAUGUGUUUUUUUUUAAUUUGUGCUUGUAAAUAAUAACAAUAAUUAUUAUUAUGGUGAUGAAAACUGUUUAUUGGGCCAGGUCGGUAACGGACCGAGAUUUUCACACGCAGGCAAGAAAAAGAAAAAGAAUGGACAUCUCUGAUUUUACAGUGUUGACUAAUUGCCGUAAUGUAAUAAACCAAACCCCUCGUUCCUUUUUUUUUUUUCGUCUUCUUUUAUCAAUCAUUUUUUUUUCUCCACUCAAAGGACAACAACAACAACAAAAUCACGGCUAUUUUUCUCUUAUUUAAUUAUUCAUGCGCCUAUAUACUGCUCUGAUUAUGUUUUUCCGUCUCUAAAUGUUAAAGAUUUUGACCCCCCCCUGGAAAAUCCUCCAUUUUUUCUGUUGCUAUCAACUCUGAUUUAUUUUUUGUUUUUAAAAAUCAUCCAACUUUUCAAAAGAUUUUUCAUUCUUUUUCUUCCAUCAUCCUGCCUUUAUUCCCAUAUUUUUCGUUUCAUGUUGCAAAUUGACAAAAAAGAAAGGAAAGAAAUGCAAUGGCGGCUGAAUUUUUUUCGUCGCUAAACAUAAACGGGGUGACAACAGCAUGGUCACAAAUAACCACCAUUUGUCAAAACCUA